AAAGUGGGCGUGGAUGAGGGCACUGCCGGGCGGCCGAGCGAAGGGAGGCCGCGGGCAGAGCCGCGGGGUGGGUGAAGGAGCUGCGGCCCUGUUGAGGAGCCAGGGAGUCGGGCCCCGGGCCGCCACCGCCACCUCGGCCAUUGCCGCCAUCGCCUUGAUCCCCCAUCCCCCGCCAUGGCCGAGGAGCUCUCCGCGGCCACAUCCUACACAGAAGAUGAUUUCUACUGCCCCGUCUGUCAGGAGGUGCUCAAAACGCCUGUGCGGACCGCGGCCUGUCAGCACGUUUUCUGUAGAAAAUGUUUCCUGACUGCAAUGAGAGAAGGUGGAAUACAUUGUCCCCUCUGUCGUGGAAAUGUGACUAGAAGAGAGAGAGCAUGUCCUGAACGGGCUUUAGACCUUGAAAAUAUCAUGAGGAAGUUUUCUGGUAGCUGCAGAUGCUGUGCAAAACAGAUUAAGUUCUAUCGCAUGAGACAUCAUUACAAAUCUUGUAAGAAGUAUCAGGAUGAAUAUGGUGUUUCUUCUAUCAUUCCAAACUUUCAGAUCUCUCAAGAUUCAGUCGGGAACAGUAAUAGGAGUGAGACAUCCACAUCCGAUAACACAGAAACUUACCAAGAGAACACAAGUUCUGGGCAUCCCACCUUUAAGUGUCCAUUGUGUCAAGAAUCAAAUUUUACCAGACAGCGUUUACUGGAUCACUGUAACAGUAAUCACCUAUUUCAGAUAGUUCCUGUGACGUGUCCUAUUUGUGUGUCUCUUCCUUGGGGAGAUCCUAGCCAGAUUACUAGAAAUUUUGUUAGUCAUCUAAAUCAAAGACAUCAGUUUGAUUAUGGAGAAUUUGUGAAUCUUCAGCUAGAUGAGGAAACCCAGUAUCAAACUGCUGUUGAGGAAUCUUUUCAAGUAAACAUCUGAAGGCUGUAAACAUCUCUGCAUCUUUGUACCUGCAAGUGCCAUCUUUAAGGGGAAAACUACAUGAAGUCACCCAUUUCAAUCAAUAACUUGAUGUGUAUAUUAAUAAAAGUAAUUCAGUCUAUUGUUUUAGUUUUUUUAAUUAAAAAAUAAAGAUGGGCCAUCUAAUAACUUCAUCCUCUUGAUAAAUUAAAAAAUGAAAGUCAUGACAUUAGCUUAUUUUAAAGCAUAAAGAGGAUUAUAUUUCACUAAUGUAAUGGUGAAAAGGGAAUCCUUGUUGUACCUUAUUUUUUGUUUCAUAUUGAAUUUUUCAUUAUGUUGCUUUUGAAAUUUGGUGCAGUUUCUUGCAUUUACUUUAUUGUAACAGGUAAUGCACAGUCGCAAAUUCUGAAGAUGUGAUUGAUAAACCUAACAUAUCUGAGCCAGUUUAUCAGAGUUGGAGAACGGAAACUUGAAGUGCUAAAUGGAACAAUCCAAAGUAAACUUUUUUUAUACAGAUUCUAGCUGAAGAAUUCAUCUUUAAGAAAAUUGUAUUUAUAUAACUUUUACUAUUUUUGAAGGCUAGUGAGAUUUCUUUAAUAAUGUAACUCUUUAAAUAGCAAAAGCUCAUUGUAAAGAUAUUUUCUUUUUGGUAUUAGAAGGAAAUAUCAAGAGAAAAUUUUAUUUCCUUGGUGAGCAGUUGAUAGUUUGAACCUUGUUUUUUUGGCUGCCUAAUUUGUAAACUCGUAAUGAAGUAAGCUGGAUAACAGCUCUUUGGCCUCAGAAUUUUUCAAUAGCCAGUAUUUCUGAUUAGCUAAGAUAAAACUUAUUAGAAAUUUUCAGUUGGUGAUAUUCUGAAUAUAUAUCUAAAUGAGAGGUUUGGCUUGGUUUCCUUAUGGAAAUUCAGAGUUAAAGAGCUGCACAUUACAUAUACAUACAGUUUAUCAGAUUACAUACAGUUUCUAUAAAGGAUUUAAGAAAUGGACAAUAUAGGAUUGAAGUGCUAUCUGGUUUGAUUAAA